AUGAAGUAUGGCGCAGCUCUCCGCCAGAACUCCAUCCCCGCAUGGGCACAUCGUGAGAUUCUCUCGUCCAACUCCAUCUCAACCUCACUGACCAGCCAGACNAACGUCGACUACGAUGACGUGAAGCACUAUAUCAAGGAGAACACAACCGCGGGGAACGGCAACAGCAUUUCCAUACCCGGAGCCGGCGAUGUGAGGGGGAAAGAGCUCGAGGACAACCUCUACGGCAUCUUGCAGCAACAGCAUCAGAGAAUCACCUUGUUUGUGAGGAGCAAGACGGGUGAGAUCGAGAGGCGGCUGGGUGAGUGCUCUUCCUCAACACAAUCACGAUCGCGUCAAUUGACAACAACAGACCACCUACGCAAGCAGACCACAUUGCUCAGCUCAAAGCCCGCCGUCAACGGCCGCAUACCUGCGAAGCGUCUCGAGAAAUAUGGUCGUCUUGAGGCCGACAUCCUCAAGUGA